GAGAGAGAGAGAGAGAGCGUCGCGACGCCCAUCCUGGAUCGAUGAUCCAGCGCCGGGACCAGUCUCUCUGUGGUUCGCGUCGCGAGAUCCGGCAUAGAAAUUGUCCUCUCCUCCUUUCUUUUUUUCUCUUUUCUUUCACCGUUUUAUCUCGAUCUAUAACCAAUCGAUCAAAUUUCUCGCUUGAUGAUCAGUCCUUGAUCGCAAAUUUCGUAGUGAAUCCCCAACGAUUGCGGAGCAACAAAGUGUGUUUUUCAGAGUAGAAUUUAAUUUCAAUUGAUGAGAAUCAAUCGGUCAUUGAGAUCGUCAGUUGAAACGCAUCAAGAACUUGCUGGAAUUGCCGCGAUGCUAGCCUAUAAACGAGGUGAUACGGCGAGCAGUUGAAGUGAUCCAAAAUGUCGCAACAGCAUCCGUCGAGGCCACCCGGAGGAGGUCAUGUGCCUCCGGGUAGCUGGUCAGGACGAUCUAAUGCGCCGAGGGCACCGAGUCCCUUCAGGCCCGCUUCGCCAUACACACCUUCGUCAUCGCCAUAUCCGCAAGGACGAAUCCGCGGGCCUCCGACUCCAGUCCAUCCAGCUCAUCCUAUGUCACCACUUGUCUAUCCCGGAAUAAUGAUGCAUCCGAUGAGUCCGGUACCGAUCGGAAUGCCAAUCUCACCCGGGAUGUCGCCCGUCUUCGGCUGCCCGACUUCUGGUUACAUCCAGUGCCCAAGGCCACGGUGGCCUUCGCCGAUUCCUACGGGUAGUCAAGCGCCAAGGCCAUUCAUACCGACGCAGAGCACUUCUUUCAGAAGCGAUUCGGCAUCACCGAUACCAUGCGCUCCACCGGAAUAUCUCAUAGCACCCUACAGACCAGGGGGUUACGAGUACGUUGGUGUACCCUUAGAUCAUACGCAGACGGACGAAGAAAGUAGCGGUCCCAGCACAGCCGAGAUCAUCGCUAGUCAGAGUCAAGAUUACGUGGAUGAAAAACUCGCCGAGUACCAAGCUACCAUUCAACAAUUGCAAGGUGAGUUUUAUGAAGCCGAAGAAAUCGAUUCGUUUUGCAAUGAAAUCGUAUUGGUCACGUCACAGGACGCCCAAUGUAUUACCAUUAAAUCCUUACUCACAUUCUCCUAUAAAACCCUUAAUUAG